AUGUUGGAGCAUUCGAUGCUACUUGGUCGCCGAGCCAAACCUUGGAUACGAGCGCAUGAAACAUUUCCUCGUAUUGCCGGCACACGAUGGCCGAAUCGGGCGUGCUGUGGAACUGCUGCUCGAGGGCGUCAAGUGUGCGCGAGAAGAAUGCUUGCGCGUCCGUGUAGUGGCCCAUCGCCGAGAGAAAUGAGCCCCAGAAGAGCCCAACAUGGUAUGGCACGGGGGACAGGAUGCGCAAGACGUCUGCCAGCAAGAGUGUUUCGUCGGGCGCAUUCAAUUCGAACGUGGAUUGCAUGUAGACUGCAAGCACGCGUUCGGACUCGUCGUCGAGAACGUUGUCGGAGUCGUUCACGCCCACAUGGAUUUCGUUCCCAAGCAACGACAGGUUUGUAUUGGCAGCGAUGA